UUCUCGCAUUUAAAUGAAACAUGGCCGCCACGCCAGACGGAUGUGUGCAUUACGUUCGUAGCUGUUUGUUAAAAGCGCCCUGCUGUGGGAAGUUUUAUGUUUGCAGACUCUGUCAUGAUGGGGAAGAGAACCAUCAAAUGGACCGCUUUAAGGUCCGAGAGGUCAAAUGUGGAGCAUGCAAUACUAUUCAAGAGGCUCAACAGACGUGUAAAGAAUGUGCCGUGAAGUUUGGGGAGUAUUACUGUGACAUUUGCCAUCUGUUUGAUAAAGACAAGAAGCAGUACCACUGCCAGCCCUGUGGGAUUUGCAGAAUUGGCCCAAAAGAGAAAUACUUCCAUUGUACGAAGUGCAAUUUAUGUUUAGCCACUGAUCUUAAAGAUAAUCACAAGUGUGUUGAGAAUGUCUCUAGGCAGAACUGCCCUGUAUGUAUGGAGGACAUCCACACGUCCAGAAUAGGGGCUCAUGUGCUCCCCUGCGGUCAUCUGCUACACAAGACAUGCUUUGAGGACAUGUGCAUAACUGGUGCUUACCGCUGUCCUCUGUGUAUGCAUUCGGCUUUCAACAUGAAGGAGUUCUGGGAAGAGAGAGAUAAGGAAAUUGCCCAGUCUCCCAUGCCCACAGAGUACCGGGACACUACAGUCAAGAUCAUAUGCAAUGACUGCCAGGCUCACUGCACUGUCUCCUUCCACGUGUUGGGCAUGAAAUGCAGCUCCUGUGGCUCUUACAACACUGCGCAGGAUGGCGGGCUGAUCGCGGCCCCUGCUGUAAACACAUGACAGUCUGAGGAGCAGCCGCUUGAAGAAGAGCCCGACACGGAGCACCACGAGUGACGUUUAGGCUCAGAAAUACUCUCUCAGUUAAGCUUUUAUAGAACUGAUAUAUAGAAAUACAAGCUCUCCUCUCACAUUUCUGUACAACUACUCUUAUUUUUCUUGCUCGAUUAAAAAGGAUAAGGAGAUUUGAGGCUUCUUUAAAUUUCUGUCAUGGAAACUAACUGUGCAGAAUCAGGUGUGUUACAUUCGCAACUUAUAUAUUUCUUGACUUCCACAUUCAUUUUGUCAUAAAGAAUGUUAAAGAUAAUCCUGUGCUGAGAGAAUAAUCAAUCUGCUAUGUUGACUGAAUCCUAAAUAUCUAUCAAGAGCAUUUUUGGUUUAUAUUAAGGAUAAUGUAUCAGCAUGGGCUCUGAUAUUCAUACAGGGCCAGUGGACAUCAUUGCCAAACUUUUGUUCAUUUUAAAAUGAUUUAAUGCUAUUUAUUGAUUAAUGCUGGACAA